AUGCACGCUGGGCCUCGCAUCAUGCAAGUCGUUUUACAACGUCGGUAUUGGGUCAUUGGUGCUCGUAACCUGAUACGCAACAUAUACCACAAGUGCGUUAAAUGCACGAGUCUUAAUCGCAAUCUCGCCGUACAGUCAAUGGGGGAUCUACCCGCUUCUAAGGCUACUUAUGCCCGCUGUUUCACUCGCAGUGCAAUCGAUUUCGCAGGUCCAUACCUGUAUAAAUUUACGCAUGGCCGCGGAGCCAAAGCCACCAAGGGCUACAUCUGCUCGUUGGCAUUCCUCAACGCUUUCAAAAGAUUCAUCAACCGUAGAGGAUACUGCAAGGUGAUGUUCUCUGACAAUGGCACGAAUUUCGUUGGCGCUGAAAAGGAGCUGCGUCACAAUUUCAAACGGUGUAUGGCUGACGAUAAACUUCGCUCGUUUUUCGUCGAUUCGAAUAUCGAGUGGCGUUUCAAUCCCCCGGCUGCACCCCAUAUGGGAGGAUACUGGGAGACGGGAAUCAAACGCAUAAAGUACCAUUUGAAACGCGUGUUGGAUGAGACCUUACUUUCCUUUGAAGAGUUCAGCACGUUACUAACCGAAGUGGAGGCCUGUGUAAACUCCCGUCCAUUAUGCGAAAAUCCGGCAAGUGCAGGCGACCUCGAGGCACUAACUCCUGGGCACUUUAUAAUAGGUGAGCCGCUGAAAUCCGUCCCAGAACCUGAGGGUCAAGGGUUCUGUGGAAAUCUCCAUCAACGUUGGCAG